AUGAAAUGCGAUACCGAGCAACCAUCAUGCCGCAAUUGUCAGAAACGGAGAGUUCCUUGCGUUACGACUGAUCUGCGACGACCCGAGAGGAAUGGUCGAAGAACGGAACCCAAAGGACGCCGCCAAAGUCGCAACACCAUUCCAACACCUGAGGGUAGUCGACAUACUGCAACGGAUCGUGGAAAUCCUCUAUCAACGGACCAGCAGAUGCCUCGCUCACCGUCCGCGACACCAUCACCAACCAGUCAUCUUCUCGCUCAUAUGGAACACGAUAGUGCGAUACCAUCCAUUUUCACUACACCCUUCCAGAAUGGAAGUCAACAGUCCAGUAGGGCCCACCAGGUGAACGAUUCGAAUGUCGGCUCUACAUACCAGACGUCGAGUACAGACCUAGCCGAUGGUACGAGAGAUACAAGGGCAGAAGCAGACCAAACCCAUCAAAACUCAAAGCUCCUGUUCGUGACUGACAAGAGCCGCUCUCGACUGCAGAUCGUUGGCAGUGGAAGUAGCAUCUAUGUUAUGGCGCAUUGGCUGGACCUCUUCUUCGCCAAACAUUCUUACUGGCGUCCCAUAUAUCCCUAUUUUCAACAAGGACUUGCAUACUCGAUCGAAGUGCCGUUGCCAUUCUUGCAUACACUACCACAGUUACCAACGCCUUCACAAACCACCGACUACAUCUCCACUUUCUUCUCCCAGUUUUAUCCAAUCUAUCCGAUAAUCGAUCGAUCCAUGCUGGAAAGAUCACUAGAAACCUUGGGCCCCAAAUUAGAACAACAACCACAGCGGUUUGCACCUGAGGACUACCCUUCUCUCGCAUGCCUCUAUGCCGUGUUCAGCAUCGCUGCGGAUGAACUCGAGGGCUGUCCGACAAGUUCAGGAGCAACGUACCUCGAAGGUGCAUAUUUCUUGUAUGCACAUCUGGUCGCGCUACCAUAUGUCACCUCGGUGCAAGCUCUGCUUCUCUUGGCGAUAGUGCUGAGACACCGAAACAAAGAUGGCGCCAGUCUGGGAACACUUGGUCAAGCGAUUCGAAUCGCUCAAUCGAUCGGCCUACACCAGCAUAUGUCUGCCGCCGACGUCAUUGGCUCCAGCUCUGAGAACGGUGCAAUGGAUGUCGCGUCCCAGACAGAUCUUCACUCCCGAAUAUGGUGGACGGCAUACAUUCUUGAGAGGACUAUGGAGCUUGAGACUGGGAGGCCAUCCGCAAUCCGAGACUCCGAGUGCAAUCAAGUGCGUCCCGCACCUGCAGCAACUCAUCGCAACGAUGGGCCUCGCUUUGACUAUUUUGGAUCUCUGGUUCAGCUCGCUCAGAUCCAGACUCAGAUAAUCGAGCUGUUUUACACCUCGAAACAACGACGUGAAACCAAGGAGCUGCUGCAUGAAAUGGGGAGAUUGGAUCGUGCUUUGUUGGACUGGACAGUCCAGUUUCCCGAAGACAUUAGGCCUGGCCGAGACAUAUUUUGUGCAGAAGAAGAAUACCAUCUCGCGACCUACGUGACGCUGCAAUACCAUCAGACGUUCGUCGCACUCCACAGACCAGCUCUCAUGUCUGCCACCCCAUGGCUGAGGAGCCGCGUCAACCACCUCUGUGCCGGGACACCGUGGCGAGGCAGAUUGAGAUACGCACUGUGCAUCGGUGCUGCAUCCGCUCGAGCUGGGCUGAAGGCGUUAAACGACCUGUUGCUCUAUGCAAAGGCUUCGAGGUUGAUCACGGCGAAUCAGACAUUACUACUCACUCUAGUGCUUGCCAUAUAUGUCACCCGCAUCCCUACCAGUAGGAUGAACGCAUCAGAUCUCGCGAUUGUAGUCACGUUCGCCCAAGAAAUCGAGCAGGACUACCUGGCGAUGGGCCAGGAUGUUGAUUUCGCCAAUGGCCUUGGCAUAUUGCGGACACAACUGUCCGAGCACGUAAGGUUGACGAAAGCGAACCUCAGCCAGACUUCAAGCUCGGGCGGUGCAGCCACGGUGGUUCAAGAACCAUCAGAUGAUGACAUGUCGAUGGACCUUAUCCCGGACUUCGACCUCAGCAGUCUCGAUGACGUUUGGCCUUCGCUCUGGACCGAUGACCUGAGUGGUCUCUAUGUGAAUGAUGCGAAUCAGGACACCCUGAGUGCUUACCUGCUUGGCGUGCCUCGGAUGAACAAUUGA